AUGACCCUUAAUCAAUCCAACGCCGCAGAGGACAGCUGCCUAAAAAACCAAGGAGUUCCCGAGAGCGAGUCCCCGGCGCCGUAUCCGAGACCUCAGCCCAGCAACAGGUCUGCCGAGUUUGAGAAGUCGGACUCGCUCGCCUACAGCCGCGACAACAACCACAACAGCAACAUAAGCAAUGCCGACAAAAACACCAUUGCGGACCUCGACCAUCUCAACCCGGGCCAGACCGCAGUUGACAGUUCAAACUCGGAAUAUGGUGCGAAUUCGCCCGGCGGCCUCGAGAGGUGCCUCUCGACGGCGACAAUCCUAGACUUCCCCGAGGGCGGUGUGCAGGGCUGGCUCGUCGUUUUUGGCUCCUUCUGUGCUAUGAUCUCGGUUUUUGGACUCAUAAACUCGUCAGCAGUCUUCGAGUCCUAUUUUUCGACGCAUCAGCUGGUCGACAACACGGCGUCCGAGAUUGGGUGGAUCUUCAGCCUCUAUCUUUUCAUGGUCUUCUUCGUGGGAAUCCAGGUCGGCCCCGUGUUCGACCGCCACGGCGCCCGCGCUCUGAUCGCCGCCGGCAGCUUGAUCAUUGUCGUCAGCUUGCUCCUGCUGAGCUGGUGUGAAACAUACUACCAGAUCAUCCUGACGUACUCCGUGCUCGGAGGGCUGGGCGGCGCUCUGCUCAACGGUCCUGCGUACGGGGCGAUCGCACACUUUUUCAAUGCGCGCCGCGGCCUGGCCACCGGAAUAGCCACCACAUCCGGCGGCAUCGGCGGCAUCGUGUUCCCAAUCCUCCUGCAGUAUCUGCUACCGAAUCUCGGCUUCGCUUGGAGCUGCCGCGUCCUCGCUCUUAUUAUGCUUGUUUUGGCUAUCCCGGCUAACGUCUUCAUCAAGACGCGCUUGCCCCCUGCCAGAGGGCCGGACGGAGCCCCCAAGGUCGGCUCUGUCCGGCCUGAUUUCAGUGUUUUCAAAGACGUGCGCUUCGCCUUCUCGUCGCUGGGAAUCUUUUUCAUGGAGUGGGGUCUCUUUGUGCCGCUGACUUUCAUCGUCUCGUACGCUGCGGCUCACGGCCAGGAUGCGACCGAGAGUUAUGUGCUCUUGUCGUAUCUCAACGCCGGGUCCGUCGCGGGGCGCGUCCUGCCGGGAUUCCUGGCUGACUGCUUCGGCCGCUUCAACGUGAUAAUCGUCACCAUAGCGCUGUGUGUCGUCACCGUGCUGGCUAUGUGGCUGACAGCGGGCGACUCGGAGGGUGUCUUGACGGCCUACGCCGUGCUAUUUGGCUUCGCCAGCGGGAGCAACCUCGGACUCGUGCCCGUCUGCUUGGGCCAGCUCUGCGACUCUCGCCAGUACGGCCGCUUCCUAACAGCCGCCAUGAUGGUCGCGAGCUUUGGGACCCUUAGCAGCGUUCCCAUUGGAGGCGCCUUGCUGGAGGUCGGAUCGGCCGAGACAGGCUGGAGGGCGUUGAUCAUCUUCUCAGGAAUCGCAUACGGGAUUGCUUUGGCCUGCUACACGACCGCCCGUGUCGUUGCUGUUGGCUGGGAUCCACGCACAGUGUUCUGA